GUAGUCACGUACCUAUAUAAUUAUAAGAUUAUUUGUAACACCCUGUCUUUACAAUGUAUGUAUAUAAACCUGAACUUUAAUAAAUAGACGGCACUUGUUAUCUUACCACACACACAACAUGGUGUCAGGUGUUAAAUGCCGCUAAUUAAAAAAGUGGAAGUGGAAGUAAAGUGUCAAGUCAAAAAAUUAAAAUAAAAAGACAGUCAAUUAAAUGCAAAUAAAAGUAUUGCAUAAAAAAUAAAUAAAAGUCCAGUCUAAAUAAAGAAAAAAGUCGCAAAAUAAAUAAGGUCGGUGCAGUAAAUAAUUUGUGAAAUGGCCCCAGAACACUCGUUAGCAGGAACGUCGUCCACUGCCCAGCAGCAUGUUCCAGUCACAGCUGUAAUAAAACCAAUAGAUUUAAAGAGUACAAAUAUGUCUGUCACAUGGGAUCACUGGUAUAACCAAUUUAAAAUAUAUCUUCGUGCGUCAGAUUUGGAAAAGCUGAGUGACCAGAGGAAAGUCGCAUUACUUUUGCAUUACAUGGGUCCAGAAAGCUUAACAACAUUCAAUUCCUUCAACAUUGAUAUUGAUUCCAUAAAAUAUGAUGAUCUCGUGAAAAAGUGGCAAAACUAUUUUGUUCCAAAGAAAAAUAUUGCAAUGGAGCGUCACAACUUCUUCUCCAGAAAACAACAAGAAGGUGAAUCGCUGGAUUCAUAUGUCACUGCCUUGAAAAACCUUAGUUUGACAUGUGAGUUUGAGUCCCUGAGAGAUGACCUUGUCAAAGAUAUUUUUGUUUGUGGUCUUCCUGGAGAACAUCAGAAUAUCAAAGAAAGGUUGUUAAGUGAAGGAGAUAUUCAAUUGGACAAGGCAAUUGGCAUAGCAAAAAGUAUGAUUUUGGCGCGAGAAAAUGUACAACAUUUAAAAAAGGCUGAGGAAGAUAUCCAGGUUAAUUGGGUGAACAAAAAAUCAUAUAAGCAUAGUCAGCAGAAAAACUGUACCAAAUGUGGACAAAAACACCGUAAUAAAUGCCCUGCAGAAAAUGUGAUAUGUCAUACAUGUAAAAGAAGAGGCCACUUUGCAAAGAUGUGCUAUAGCAGAAAGCAACAACAACAUCCUCAACAAAGUCAACAGCAAAGUCACCAUCGUCAACAACAACAACGGUCAAGUGGAAUAACGGCGAAAUUCGUGAAGAAGAUAGAAGCAAAUGAAGAAGAUGAACCAGAAGAACUUUUUGUUGGUACUCUAUCUCACACUAAGGGAAACAAAGGAGAAUGGAACAUCUCAGUAUGUAUUGGCAACAAAUCUGUUAUACUACAAGUCGACACAGGAGCGCAAGCAAAUAUUCUCUCUUUGAUGACAGCCGAGAAUUUGAAGUUGGUGGACCGUAUUAAAACUACAAGAGCGCACAUUGUAGCUUUCAAUGGAGAAGACAUGCCGGUAGUUGGUAAAGUAGAAAUUGAAUUUAAGUAUGAUCUACACAAUUACAAUGCAACAUUUUUUGUAUUAGACUUGCCAUGUAAAAAUAUUAUAGGUCUACAGUUAGCAGAACAAAUGUCUUUAAUUAAAAAGGUGAAUGCUGUGUCUUGUGGUGACAUUUUAAAGAGAUAUCAAAACAUUUUUGAAGGUUUAGGCGAAGUCAAUACUAAAUGUAAACUUGUAGUCAACCCUGAUGUUGAGCCGGUUAUAGAUCCGCCUAGAAAAGUGCCAUUUUCUUUACAUACCGAUUUAAAAAAUGAAUUAAAAAGAAUGGAAAAUUUGAAAGUCAUAAAAUUUGUAGAAGAACCAACAGAAUGGGUAAACUCGAUCGUUUUAGUUAGAAAGUCGAAUGGAAAAUUAAGAUUGUGUUUAGACCCGAGGAGUCUAAAUAAGGCUAUAUUAAGGCCACAUUUUCCUUUUCCAGAUAUUGAAUUUUGUAAAGCCCAAUUGAGUGGUUGUAAAUUUUUCAGUGUUUUAGAUGCAAACAGUGGUUUUUGGAUGUUACCAUUAGACGAGGAGUCGUCAAAAUUAUGUACGUUUAACACUCCAUUUGGUCGUUAUAGAUUUCUUCGUUUACCUUUUGGUAUUAACGCUGCUCCAGAAAUGUUUCAUGGAGAGAUGAUAAAACUUUUCAGUGGUAUUGGUGGUUUGAUUAUUUAUAUUGACGAUUUCCUAAUUUAUGCCAAAACAAAGGAAGAACAUGAUAAAAUACUUGAGGCAGUUCUUGAAAAAGCUAAAGAAGUAGGAGUCAAGUUCAAUAAAGAAAAGUCAAAAUUUUUUGUAGAAGAAGUCAAAUUUAUAGGUCAUAUUUUUAACAAAAACGGUGUCAAGGCAGAUGAAGAAAAAAUUAAAGCAAUUGUCGAUAUGUCUAGUCCCAAUAAUAAAACAGAACUUCAAAGAUUUUUAGGAAUGAUUAAUUAUUUUGGCUCAUAUAUUCCAAAUUUGUCUGACAACAACAAACAUUUGAGAGAGCUAUUGAAGAAAGAUAUAGAAUGGCAUUGGAAUAAAAAUCAUGAUGAUGAAUUCAAAAAAUUAAAAUGUGCUUUGACACAAGCUCCACUUUUAACAUAUUUUAAUCCAUUAAAAACCUUGACUUUAACAGUGGAUGCUUCAAAGAAUGCAGUUGGUGCUGCUAUACUUCAUGACCGUCGUCCGAUUGCGUAUGCUUCCGCGUCUCUUACCGAGGCACAAACAAGGUACGCACAGAUAGAAAAGGAAUUGUUUGCAAUUUUAUUUGGUUGCACUCGUUUUCAUCAAUUUGUAUAUGGUAUGAAACAAGUAAUUGUCGAAACAGACCAUAAGCCAUUAGUCUCUAUUUUUAAUAAACCGUUAUACAAAAUCCCAGCUAGGCUUCAGAGAUUCAUGUUACGGUUACAGUGUUAUGAUUUUGAUGUAAGAUACAAACCAGGAAAAUACCUAUACGUUGCAGAUACAUUGUCGAGGAAUGCUCUUAAAGAAACUGUUUUAGAUGAAAUUGAUAACGAGGCGUCAUUACAUAUUGAUUUAAUAAAAUCAUAUAUUGAUAUUCCUUUUUCUAAUGCAAAUGAAAUUGCAAACCAUACAAAAUCAGAUGAAGUAUGUCAGAAACUAAUUAAUUAUAUUUUAAAUGGAUGGCCCAAACACAAAAAUAAAAUUGAACCUAAUUUAGUGCCAUAUUUUAAAAUUCGUCAUAAUUUGUCUGUAAUUGAGGAAGUAAUUCUAAUGGAAGAUAGAAUUCUAAUUCCCAAAUUAUUAAGAAAAGAAAUUUUGAGUCGCAUACAUGUUAGUCAUAUGGGAAUUCAACGUACUCAAAAUCUUGCGAAAGAGACUGUUUAUUGGCCGAAUAUAAACACAGAUAUUUUCAACCUUGUUUCAAAUUGUGAAAUUUGUUUAAAGUUUCAAAAUUCACAAUCAAAAAAUGAAAUGAUGUCUCAUGACAUAAUUGAUAUUCCAUGGUUUAAAUUGGGAUGUGAUUUAUUUGAAUAUGGAGGUAAAACAUAUUUAUUGAUAGUAGAUUAUUUUUCUAAAUAUUUUGAGGUCUCAUUAUUAAAUACAGGCUACAGCAGCUCACAGGUUAUUGUUAGCCUUAAAUCUAUUUUUGCCCGACAUGGUAUACCACAGUAUUUGAUAAGCGAUAAUGGACCACCAUUCAACUCAAAAGAGUUUAAAAAUUUUUGUUCAUCCUGGGGUAUAAUACAUAACACAUCUAGUCCUUAUAUGCCGAGGUCAAACGGACUCGCUGAAAGAUCAAUACAAAUAAUGAAAAAUAUUUUAAAAAAGUCUUCAGAAACAAAUGAUGAUCCGUAUUUGUCCCUUUUGCAUUAUAGGACUACACCCAAAGGAAAAUUACCUAGUCCGUCCGAAGUAUUGAUGUCCAGAAAAUUGCGUACUAAUCUUCCUAUACUUACAUCUAAAUUAGAGCCCCUUCUCAUAAAUAAGCAGGAAUAUAUUCGAGAUUUGAAUAAUUUUACCUAUAAAAGUACUGAUCGUUUUAACAAAACUGCGAAGAAAUAUAAAAACGUGAAUAUUGGCGAUAAAGUAAUGUUUAAAAGAAAUCCUUCGUCAUUUUGGUACCCUGCAGAAAUCACUGAGAGCUCAAACGAACCAAGAUCUUAUGUUGUUAGGGAUGAAGAGGGCAGAAGGUAUAGAAGAAAUGAAGAGCACAUACGGGUUAGAAAUGAAAUUUCAACACCACCAGAUAAUGAUUUUGAAAAUGAAACAAACAAUAUACAGCAAUCACCUAAUGAUAGAAAUGAUAUUGAAAAUUAUAACCCAGUUCAAAGAUCUAAUUUAGAAAAUAAUGUUUAUACAACUCGAGCUGGCAGAAAUGUUAAACCGCCUUCAAGGCUUAAUCUUUAAGUACAAUAAUUACAUAUUCUUGCACUUUAUGAAAUACAUAUUUUGAAAAACUUUAUGAACUUUUUAACAUGUAAUUAAAACAAGUUUUUGGAAUUAAAACUGAAUUAUAAAAAAAGGGAGAUGUAGUGUAGUCACGUACCUAUAUAAUUAUAAGAUUAUUUGUAACACCCUGUCUUUACAAUGUAUGUAUAUAAACCUGAACUUUAAUAAAUAGACGGCACUUGUUAUCUUACCACACAC